AUGGACGCGCGGCUCACAGUGCGAGUCCUGAAGGGCUUGGCCUGCAAGGUGCAGGGGGAAUAUGAGGUGGACCGGGAUGCCGUGGCCUUUGCCUUGAUGCUGGCCAUCAAGGAGCGCACGGGCUUGCACUGGCGGCGCCAGAGGCUGGUGGACCAGUCCACCGGGCUGCCCAUCGGCGAAGGCGCCCGCUUCCGCGACGUGUUCCCGGACGGAGGGGAGGCGGAGGUUCUGCUGGUGCACUGCGACAGCUCCGCUCUGCCGCCCAUCGAGGACCGCGACACCGUGCUGGCCAUGGUGCGCCUCUGCGGAGAGGCGCUGGCGGCAGCCUCCAAGGAGCUGAGGGCGGACAAGGACUUGGUGCUCACGGCGGUGCGCUCGCCAGGGGCCUUCAGGCACGCCGAGCGACCGCUGCAAUGCGACCUGGAAGUGGUGAGGAUUGCCAUGGCUUCCGACCCCAAGGCUUUCUGCCACUCUGGGAAGCUGGCUCGCAAAGAUCCGGAGUUGGCCACUUUGGCCGUCAACGCCAACCCUGAGCUCCUUGCAUUUGUGCACGCAGAUCUUCUGAAAAGUGCCGACUUUGUGGAGCCGCAUGUGGCGCGGCAUGGCCAGCUUUUGCAGCACACUUCCGCGAAGCUGCAAAAGGCAACUAUCAAAGCGGCAGUGUCUCAGAAUGGGCUGGCCCUUGAGUUUGUGAAGAAAGAAAUGGUAUGUUGCGAAAGACACCUUGACAACGAUGCGGAAAUCGUGCUGGCUGCCGUGCAGCAGAACGGCAUGGCCCUGAAAUAUGCGUCGACGGAGCUGCGUGCAGAUGCACAGGUGGUCCGUGUUGCAAUCCAACAGGACUUGAAAGCAGCAAAGUUCAUAGAAAGCAAGGAGGCCAUAUAUCGGGCCGUCCGUGAUCAGCCUCACGCGCUCAAGUAUGCCCAGCCGGUUUUCCGCGAUGAUGCCGAAGUGGUGGAAGCCGCCUUUGCCAAGGAUCCCGAAUGCCUAGCUUUUGCGUUCAAGCAAGCAGCUCUUCAAAUUGUGAGGCUUCACAAGAAGGAGUUUGCUGGUGGCUUCGCGCAAGAUCCAGAGAAGGCCAUCCGCGGAGGGAAGAUCAAGGUCCGGAAGCUGGCGACCAACCAGCGCGGCGAGCUCAAGGUGACAAUGAAGUUGCCAGUCUGA